AUGUUUGACCAUGACGUCGAAUAUCUGAUUACCGCACUUUCUUCCGCGACCACAAUCCAGUAUGAUCAACGUUUACUGGACGAGGUCUCUGCCAACUUGAUAUACUACGUUCCCAGGAUAAAAUCCCCCGACACGUUGUACCGCAUGGUUGGAGCACUUUUCCGGUCACAGUUCAUUGUCAAAUUGCCGCCACUACGUUUGUUACACAUAAUCAAAGAUAUUUUUCUUUGGAAACUAGAGGUCUCUGAGCCCACGCUCCCAAUUGCCAAGUUCUAUUCAGUUUGGAAUGCUGUUCUGGAAUCUCAUCGAGUUGCCUGGAAAUUGUCACAGUUGAUGUUAUUGGAUGGUAUCCUUGUCACUUAUCCGAGAUUCCAAAAAUUGAACAACACCUACUUCAUCGACGAGUCCAGCAGCAAAACUGCUUUUUAUUACGAACACUGGAAGAUGCAAUUGUUUUUCCCAAUAUGGACGCAAUUUUGGAAUGAUCCGGCUAUCAAGACGAAUCAAUCCGCUCAGAAUUGCCUGCUGGUAGCAUUAGUCUUAUUAUGCAAUCAACCAAACCCAAGUGUCCCCUUCCACAAAAUUAACAUAUCAUGGGAUUUGGUGGCGGAAAAGUUAUUAGACCUCUUGGCAGAGUAUAUACACGCGAUUGACCAGCCGAUGGAAAAGUUUUCGGUUAACUCAGUGCUAUCAACAAACCUGAAUCAUUUGGCCAAUUGCUUAAACGCUUCAUUCACGAAGUCAAAUGAAGCAACGUUGAUGGAAGCAGUACACAAAUUGGAAUUGAUAUGUCAACACUUGUCUGGUGCUGUAAGAUCAUCGAAGAAACAACAACUAGAUCUCAAGUUUCAAGAUAUAUUUAUCUUGAUAGUACUUUCCUUAAAGGAAUUGUCAACUAUAAAUAUGAAAGUUUUGCCGAGUCAUAAACACACGUUCUACUCUAUGAUCUGUUUAAGUCUUUUCCAUAUUCACGUUUUAACUGAACAAAUUGGAACAGUCGGGUUUCCCAGUUAUGAUUACGUUUAUGACAAUCUGAUAACAUAUUUUAUUGUCCUGAACGAUCUGUCCAAAAUCAUUCUGAUCUUGAACCAUAUGAAAAGAGAUAGCAUCAAACAAGAUCCGAGUAAACUAAUAUUCUAUAUCAAUUUUUUGAACAAAAUUACUAACUAUUAUGCGUGGCAGAUUAGUAUGCCGUUUAUUACUGAAUUUUUCGAGCCCUUACUGCAUUUAAGGGCAUUUGUCGACGGAAGUAUGCGCAAUGCUCUCGAAAUUGAAAUUAAGGAAUCUAUACACACAUUGACAAUUACUGCACUAUCUAUAAACCCCCCUUAUUCCUUACAGGUUGCCCAAUGGCAAGUGUCCCGCAUAUAUGUCUAUUUGAGAAGGUCGAUGGACCAAUUUAUUGCAGGCAAAUUAUCCGCAGAUCAGAUCCUGAUUAUAUUCGGCCAACUGUCCGGACAGUUUCCCUCACUACAUAGUUAUAAUAAGCAUCUACUGAGGGACUCCCUGCACGAAACAUAUAUCAGAAUUAUUAACACAAAAACCCCGGAAAAGAAAAAUGUAUUGAUCGAGUGCCUGAUUGUACAAAUACCUUUUGUCAACGAUCCACAUCAUUUGAUUGAUUGGUUGAACAUUUGUCUCAGACUAAUUAAUAAUCAUAAUAAAAUGCUACUUCAACAAUUAUGGGAACAGGUUUCGAAUAUUGAAUCCCCUUUAGCCAUCGACUGGUGGUACACAACAGUUUUAUCCUGCCAAUCCUCUAAACUUUAG